AUGACAACUGAGAACCAGGCGCGCCAGGCGACGGAGCGGGUAGUCGACACGACCUCCAGGUCGACCUCUGCUCUCGCCGAGACAGGUAUCGAUAAUGGCCGCGCCGCGAGGUGCGUGACGCGACUGCUGAAUGGCUUCCACCUCCUGCACCCGCGGCUGGUUCCUGCUUUUUUUCUGUCCGCCGUCGUCGCGGGAAGGCCUCGGAUAACGACGCGGGCCAUUAUAGCGGAGCGCGCCUUUGGGCCGCCGCCCUCGGGGGCCGCGCCGGGGUGGAAGACGUUUCUCCGGCGAAUGGCACUCGCUCGCCCUGUGAGCAGCGAGUGGGAGACUUCAGUGACGCUGAGGGGAUCCGACCUCACGGAUGGUUCGAGUCCCAGUGCGACCAGCUGGGAGCAAGACGAAGAGUCCGUCAGGCGGAGCUGCGUGCGACCACAGGACGAGGCGAGCAGCGACAGCGACAGCGACAGCGACAGCGACAGCGACAGCGACAGCGACAGCGACAGUGACAGCGACUACACACUCGGCGGUGCUUACCCGGGCGUGGUCGCGGUGGAGGCGCUGUUGGGACGGCCGGCGGCGCUGCCCUGCGACAUCGAGCCGUCCACGAGGGACGACCGCGUCUACAUGGUGCUGUGGUUCCGGGACUCCGCGGGCAAGCCGCUCUACACGCUGGACGCGCGCGGGCGCACCAUGGCGACGGCGCUGCGCUGGUCCGACCCGGGGGCGCUGGGGUCGCGCGCCUUCCUAGCCGCCGCCUCCCGCCCGGCGCUGCUGUCCAUCGACGCCAGUCGCCCGGAGGACGAGGGCGCCUACCGCUGCCGCGUCGACUUCAAGAACUCGCCCACGCGCAACUCCCAGGUCAACCUCACCGUCGUAGUGCCUCCCGAGCAGCUGGUGGUUUACGACGGCUCCGGCCAGCCAAUCAGCGGCUCCGUGAUCGGGCCAAUCGCAGAGGGAUCUGAACUCGUGCUCACCUGCCACGUGAUAGGAGGCCGGCCGGCGGCGCGCGUGUGGUGGCUGGUGGACGGCGAGCCGGUGGCGGGACAGCCCCCGGGGGCGGGCCACAGCCGGCUGGAGGCGGGCCGCGCGCUCCGCGGACUGCAAGGCGCCGCCUACCAGUGCAGGGCCGCCAACAGCCGCCUGCUGCCCCCAGUGCACCGGACCCUGCAGCUGCAACUGCACCUGGCGCCCCUGUCGGCGAGGCUGCGAGACGUGCCGCGGCGGCUGGCGGCGGGGCGGGAGGCGGAGGUGGCCUGCGAGGUGGCAGGCUCGAGGCCCGCCCCCGUCGUGUCCUGGUGGCUCGGAGACGCCCGCCUCCCUCAGCACCAGGUGGUGCAGUCUGGCUCGGACUCGCUGCUGCUGAGCCGCGCCAGGUUCGUGCCGCGGCCGGGAGACGAGGCCCGCGCGCUGCGCUGCCGCGCGCACAACCCCCUGGUGCCCGCCCCGCCGCUCGAGGCCUCGCUGCUGCUGCCCGUCGUCUAUCCGCCGCAGGUGUCCAUGCAGCUGGGGAGCACCCUGGACGCCGACCACAUCAAGGAGGGCGACGACGUGUACUUCGAGUGCGGCGUGCGCGCCAGCCCGCGCGAGCACCGCAUCCUCUGGCUGCACGACGGAGCGGCGGUGACGCAGAACAUCCCGGCCGGCGUGAUCGUGAGCGCGCGCAGCCUGGUGCUGCAGAGCGUCUCGCGCAACAGCAGCGGCUCGUACGUGUGCAGGGCCGCCAACAGCGAGGGAGAAGCCAGCAGCAGCCCCGUCCGCCUCAGGGUCCGCUUCGCGCCGGCCUGCCGCAGCGACGAGGCGCGCGUGGUGGGCGCCUCCCCGGGCGAGACGGUGCAGCUGCGGUGCGGCGUGGAGGCUGAGCCCGCCCCCGCCGCCUUCGAGUGGCGGCGCGGCCACGGCGGCGGCGGCGGCGGCGGCGGCGAGGCGGCGCGGCGCCCCGGAGACCGCCUGGACUACGCCGUCGCCUCGGACCGCGACUACGGCAGCGUCGCGUGCUGGGCCAGCAACGCGGUCGGCCGCCAGACGGAGCCCUGCGUCUUCCAGCUGGUGCCGGCAGUGAAGCCCAGCCCCCUGGAGAACUGCACGCUGCGCCUGGCGACCAACGGCAGCGAGGACGCGCUGCGCGUGGAGUGCGUGGCGGGCCACGACGGCGGCCUGGGCCAGCUCUUCGUGCUGGAGGCCUACGAGUCGCGCACGACGCGCCUGCUGCUCAACAUGACGGCGCGGGACCGGCCGCUGUUCCGCUUCAACCUGGAGGACGUGCGGUCUCCGGGGGCCGCCAGCACCCGCCUGCAGCUGUACGCCGUCAACCCCAAGGGCAGGGGCGAGCCGUUCGUCCUGGAGGACAUCGCCCCCGGGGACGCCGAGAAGAGAACAGAGCCGAUGGCCGGCGCGAGCGGCAGUGGACUGUACGCGGUGCCCUUGGCGGCCGCGCUGGUGGGCAGCACGCUGACAGUCGCCCUCGCCGUGUUCCUAGUGGCGACGAUCUCCGCGCGGCGGCAGCACUGCUCCUCGCUCCAGAAGAGUGGCGCCCUCUGCCUCCAGAAGAGCGACACGCCAACUCUGCAGGCACCUGCCACGCUCGGCAAGCAGCAGUACGUCAUGUCCUACACUGUCAAGUCGAAAGACCUGGCGGACAGCCAGCCUGAUAUCCUCAAGCCUUCGAGAGUCCAUUCCUCUUGA